AUGCACUGUGGAGUUUUCUCAAGAAAUCGCUUCAAAAUCGCAAUUGUUGGUACGAAUGGAUGUGGUAAAACAGCGUUUGCAAGACGUCUGGCUCGAGACAUGUUCUGUGAAGAGGGCACUGCUGAUUCAACUGAACCAUUCAGACAGGUAUUUCACAAACAAAUGCCUGACGGUAGCUGUGCGAAAGUGGAGCUUAUUGAUGUUGGCAUGCAACAAUUGAAUGAGCAUUGCCGAACGGCAAAUAUCAUAAGGCAACGCUUAGUCGUCGAAGGAACACCAACAACAAGUUGCACUGAAUUCGUCGAUUUGUGCGGUAUCUUCCUGCUGUACGAUAUUACUGAUGCCAAAUCAUUCUCUGAACUGAGUAAUAUCAUUGGGGAUUUGAGUCAUUUAAUUUCACCGGACUGUGAAAUAUUUUUAAUUGGCUGUAAGACUGAUCGACGAGAAGAUCGUAAAGUUUCUUUUAAAGAUGCAGAAGACAUGUCUAUGAGAAUUGGAUUUUCUCUUUUCGAGACAAGUGCGAAAAGUGGAUCGAACUGUGAAUUAGCGUUACAUGAGAUGCUCGAGAAAAUUUACGAAAAACAUGAAGAGGCUGCCACAUACGUGUGUGAUGCAACCGAAGAGGCCGAGCCAGUGCCACGUUUUCAAUUGCCAUAUAUAUUCUGUCAAAUGUGGAAUUGUGGAUGA